AUGGAAGCAGCCACUCAGACCACCACUCCCCAGCCUUUUUCACAAGCCAAUAAGAUGGAUGAACUGAGGCUACAGCUUGCGACUAACAACAUUAUGAAGGAUAGCUGCAUUCUGCUAAUAACAGACUCAGCUAUCAAGCUAACAGGCUACACUGCACAGCGUCAUGAAAGGACAUCGGACUCCAAGAGUCCUAAAGCUGUGGUGACCAUAAAGCCUGACAAACAUGUGUUCAGAGGAGAGACUGUGACUCUCAGGUGUGAAAUACAGGGAGGAGGAGACACUGAGUGGACAUACAGCUGGUAUAAAAAUGAUUACGAACUCUACCGAGAACACAAAACACAGGAGUUCAGCCUCAGGUCAGUUAGAAAUGAAGACAGUGGUAACUACACCUGCAGAGGGAGGAGAAGCAGUGACACUCAGAGCUCAGAGAUCAGUGAUGCUGUUACUCUCACUAUAUCAGAUGUAGCAGAGGCAGUAGUGAGUGUGUCUCCAUCGAGCUGGCUGACUGAAGGAGAUUCAGUGACUCUAAGCUGUGAGGUUAAACACUCCUCUACAGGCUGGACAUUCAGCUGGUACACAGAUGUUCUCUACAGAGGCAGUCAGGGUUUCAUCAGGUACAAUAGAGAACUCCUCUCAGACAGCAGCAGAGGAUCUGGAGGCUCCUACACUCUCAGUCCUGUUACUCUGAAUCACACAGGAGUUUAUGUGUGCAGAGCAGAGAGAGGAGUCUUUCACACACCUUACAGCAAACUACAGCCACUGUGGAUCACUGGUGAAUCUCCUCCAGUAUCUCUGAUCAUCAGUCCAAGCAGAACUCAACACUUUACUGCUGACUCUCUCUCACUGAGCUGUGAGGACCACAGCAAGUCUACUGGAUGGACAGUGAUAGGAUACAGAUACAGAGAGGUAUUGGUCGAUUGUUCAUCAGUUUCAGGAGCUACAUGUAACAUCAGCUCCCUCUCUACAUCACACACUGGAGUUUACUGGUGUCAGUCUGAAUCUGGAGGACGCAGUAAUCCUGUCAACAUCACAGUGCACUUGUCUUCUUUCUCUUUCCUACAGAUGGUGCUGGCCAGUCCUGUCCAUCCUGUGACUGAGGGACAUCCUCUGAUUUUACGCUGUUUAUCUCACAACAAAAAGAUCCCAGACUCUGGUGUUGAUUUCUAUAAAGAUGAUUCCAUCCUCCAGUCCCAGACUACAGGAGAGAUGACCAUCAGUAGUGUCUCAAAGUCAGAUGAAGGUUUCUGCCACUGUAAACACCCAGAGAGAGGAGAGUCACUGAAAAGCUGGGUUUCAGUCAGAGUAUGA